AUGAUUAAUGAUGGACAAAUAUUUGAUCAAAAGAAAGAAUUAUCUCGAAGGGUUUUUACUGAUGUUUUCCUAACAUUUACAAAUCUAGCAUAUCUUCAAUUAGGUUUUCAAGAUUAUGAUUCAUAUUUAUCAAUUUCAGCUGUACAUUUGCCAUUAUCAGCAUGCUAUUCAUCUCAUAUUGUUUGUUUAAAUAUAAAAAUUUUUGAUUUUGAUCUUUGUUAUUAUUUACUUGAUGGACGUCUUAGUCAAUUGAAUACAUUUAUUGUUCAUGUUUACCGGAUUCGACAAACAUUAAUGAUCAACAAAAAUAAGAAAAUUGUUUCAAAUCUCAAAUUUUUUUCAUUAAUUUCAUUAAAUCGAACAACUGUAUAUGAUAAUCUAAUUGUACCGUUUAUUAGCCAAAUGUUUUAUUUGGAAAAACUCAUAUUGUCACUUAUUGUGUAUAAUCGAAGAUCAUUCGUCAAUGGUAAUUCAUUAGUUUAUGAUAUACUUAGUCCAAUGUUAUAUCUGCAUACAUUUAUCUUCAAUAUCAUUACUGAUGGUGUUACAAUACUUGAAGAACUUAUUCAGCCACCUAAUGUUCUAAGUCAUGCUCUCGUUGAAAGAGGAUAUGAUUUAAACUGUUAUACUGACUACAAUCCAUUAAGUAGAGGUCAAUAUCAUAUUUAUUCCCUUCCAUUUGUUAUGGAUUGCAUGCAUAUACAUUCAAAUAAAUUUCCUGUUGGUUUGUUUCGUACUGUUCGUUGCCUAUACAUAUACGAUUUUGUUCAUCCAUUUGAACACGAUUUUUUUCUUUGA